UUCACCUUUAUAGUUUGAGGAUGGAGCAGGGAGACUCACCGGUGGAAGAAGGGUCUUCUGCGUCCAGCCCGGAGAGGGAUGGCCCGAUGGCCGGUGAGAGCAUUUCGAAAAGUUCCAUACGGUCGAUGCCGAGGGUUAACAAAUUCGAUACGUUUGACGUUGAGGCCGGCCGGAACAGCUUGGGUCACAAUGAGGGGUUGAGUUGGGUGAUGAUAACGAAGCUGGCAGUUCAGAGCAUUGGGGUCGUGUAUGGUGACCUUGGCACAUCGCCGCUCUACGUCCUGCCCGGAAUCUUCCCGAAUGGGAUCAAGGAUAAUGAGGACAUUCUCGGAGCACUGUCUCUCAUCUUCUACGCCAUCGUCAUCAUCUUCAUGCUGAAGUACGUGUGGAUUGUUCUGUCUGCGAAUGACCAUGGCGAUGGGGGAACUUUCGCGCUAUACUCUCUGAUUUGCCGAUACGCAAAGACCAGCCUGAUUCCGAACCAACAGAAAGAGGACCGAGAAAUCUCCAACUACCGGUUGCAGCUCCCAGACCGCCGUCAAAAGAGGGCCUCCAUGGUCAAGUCGUGGCUUGAGAACAGCAUACAAGCCAAGUAUUUCCUCCUGUUUACCACCAUGCUCGGCACGUCGAUGGUCAUCGGAGAUGGAAUCCUCACCCCCUGCAUUUCGGUGUUGUCGGCUGUUGGGGGCAUAAAGAUGGCGGCUAGCUCCCUCACGGACAACACAGUCAUGUGGAUCUCCGUCGGGAUUCUGGUUUUCCUCUUUUCGAUCCAAAGGUUUGGGACUCACAGAGUUGGGUACACUUUUGCCCCCAUCCUCUCCUUGUGGUUCGUCAGCAUCGCGCUGAUUGGCAUCUUCAACUUCGUGAAUCACGAUCCUGGUGUCAUCAAAGCCGUGAAUCCUGCCUACAUCAUAGCAUAUUUCAAGAGGAACCAUAAGGAGGCUUGGAUCUCUCUAGGUGGUGUCAUUCUUUGCCUUACAGGUUCGGAAGCAUUGUUCGCUGAUCUCGGCCAUUUUUACAUCCGGUCUAUUCAAAUAAGCUCUUGCGGGCUAGUGUUUCCUGCUAUUGUGCUUGCCUACUUUGGUCAAGCUUCCUACCUUCGCAAGCAUCCUGAAGGUGUUUCCACCGCAUUCUACAGCUCCAUGCCAAAACCAGUGUAUUGGCCGAUGUUUGUUUUGGCGGUGUUGGCUGCGAUCAUUGCGAGUCAGUCUCUGAUCUCUGCCGCGUUUGCCAUCGUAAAGCAAUCGGUAGCUCUGGGUUGUUUUCCUAGGGUCAAGGUGAUCCACACCUCAAAUAAGGUCGAGGGCCAGAUCUACAUCCCCGAGAUCAAUGCCUUCCUCAUGGUUGCCUGUGUCGGCGUCACCCUUGGGUUCAAGAACACCUUACAGAUGGGCAAUGCCUACGGGAUUGCCGUGGGGAGUGUCUUUGUAAUCACGUCGUUCUUUCUCAUCAUCGUGAUGAUCAUGAUAUGGAAGACCAGAAUCAUUUAUAUAUUAGCCUAUAUCAUGACGAUUGGUGUGAUUGAGCUCGCAUUUCUGAGCUCUGUCCUCUACAAGUUUAUGGACGGGGGCUUCCUUCCCCUGAUAUUUUCCUUCCUAAUGGUAAUCGUCAUGUUUGUAUGGUUCUACGGGUACCGGAAGAAGUACUACUACGAGCUGGACAACAAGGUCUCCGCUGAUGAGCUCAUCAAGGUCGCCUCGAGCACGAACAUCAGGCGGGUCCCAGGACUCGCCCUGCUCUACUCAGAACUUGUCCCGGGUAUCACCCCAAUGUUCACCCACUACGUCGCAAAUGUGCCAGCACUCCACUCUGUCCUCGUAUUCGUGACGAUCAAGUCGCUCCCCAUAAGCCAUGUCUCCCUGCAGGAGCGGUUCCUCUUCGUUCGAUUAGAGCCUCAUGAUCUCGCCAUAUACCGCUGUGUGGUGAGGUAUGGGUAUCGUGACGUGGGAAUGGAGCAUGGUGUGUUCGAGGGGUUGUUGGUGAGCCAGCUCAAGGAGUUCAUUGAGAAGGUCGAGCUCGACUUCGACAGACAUCCUACCAAAGCCGAACCUGGGGAUCAAGAUGGCAUCCGAAGAGAUCGGGGACUCGUGGACGACGCGCUGAAAAACGGUGGGAUCACAUACCUAAUGGGCGAGAGCGAGCUGGUGGCUGUGAAGGGAUCGACGCUAGCGGACCGAGUGAUGAUCAACUGCUUGUUUGCGUGGUUGAAGAGCUUUGUAAGGCAGCAAGACCAAGUAUUCAUGAUACCCCGUAAACGGCUCCUAAAGGUUGGGGUCACGUAUGAGAUUAGUUAAGCCAUGUUCUAAUCGGACCGUUGAGUUGAUUUUUUUUUCUCUCAGGUUGUUCCUUUUCGGUUUUUUUUUUGGCAAUUGCGGAUACAAUUGCAAUUGAUGGGUGAAACUCUACUGUGAUCCAGCACUUCAUAAUCCAUAUUAUGUUUGGA